GAAAGGUGCAUUCACUGGCUCGUUUGAAUUGGAAGCACAAAGCCGUCGAGCUGGAAUAUCUGCUUGCAUCACACCCGCCUGUAGAAACACUGGACGCUGGAAGGACGACGACUAUCAGCCUGGGAGAGUCCGUGUAUUUACCUAUCUGCGCAGUUUACACACACAAAGCUGCUAAAAAUGAGCAAAAUCUCGCAACUUUUCAAGGGGAGCGCCAGCUCGAAUUCAUCGAGCUCUUCGAGGUCCAGACACCACCGGUCACGGGGGGGACCUUCAGCCCAGGAGGCCAUCCACAAACUCCGGGAAACAGAGGAAAUGCUGACGAAGAAACAAGCCUACCUGGAGAACAGGAUAGAGCAGGAGCUUAUGAUAGCCAAGAAGAAUGGCACAAAAAACAAGCGGGCCGCCCUGCAGGCCUUGAAGAGGAAGAAGCGCUUGGAGCAGCAGCUCACGCAGAUCGAUGGCACGCUCUCCACCAUCGAGUUUCAGAGGGAAGCUUUGGAGAAUUCACACACCAACACGGAGGUCCUGAAGAACAUGGGCUUUGCCGCCAAGGCCAUGAAGAAGGUCCACGAGAACAUGGACGUUGAUAAGAUAGAUGAUCUGAUGCAGGACAUCACAGAGCAACAGGACGUGGCCCAAGAGAUUAGCGAAGCGAUCUCCAGACCUUUCGGCGAGACAUUUGAUGAGGAUGAACUGCUGGCAGAGCUCGCAGAGCUGGAACAGGAGGAGCUUGAGAACAACAUGAAGAGUAUGGGCGGACUACCCAGCGUGCCCAGCGCCAAACUGCCUUCAGCACGGCCCCAGCAGCGCGCAACAACCAAGAAAAGGGUUGAAGAAGAUGACGACAUGCGUAUGUUGGCAUCGUGGGCAACCUAACCACAGCAACUAAGACAGCAUCUCCCUUAGAGAAAUUAACAUACACAUCUCAUGUUUUUUUUUGUUUUAGCUUUUUAAGUUAAUUUUAAAGGUUUUUAGGGAAAAUGCAUUAUUAUUAUUUUUUAAAUAAUCGUUUUUUAACAUUUGUGUGAUGGUAACUUUACAGGUUAUAUUUAUUAAGAAAUAACAAAAUUUAAGUGAAGGAAUCAACAAACUGCAUUUUAGAUUUUUCUCUUAUUUUCUCUUUUUCAGUUUUCCUUUCUUUACUGUUAUCAUUCUUACUUACUCUGUGUACAUAAUGCACUACUUUCUUAGGGCUAAUUAAGACAUAAGGAAAUUACUGAUGUUUUUCAUACAGAGCAGAAUGCUAAACUGUAUUUCAUACAGCUGUAAAUAAAGUCUGAUUUUGAAUUAAUGUUGUAAAUAUAUUGCUCUAUCAAUGUUCAACAAUAAAACAGUCCCCUACAUUGU